AUGGGAAUUAAGCACUCGUCCCGCUGCAUGCUCCUCAGGAGAAAAAUGGCGGAGUCUGAGAGCGGUGAGCCUCAGCCGAUCCGCAUCAUCCCGUCUCAGCCCACGUCUCUGCCUAAACCUGUGCCUUCGGUCGUGCCCGCCCCUCGCUCUGCCCCCCGCCCCCUCUGCCCGUCCCACGCCGCCGCCGCCGCCCUGCCGCCGCACACCCCCCACGCCGCCAGCCUGUCCACCUGCCCCGGCCGAGGGAAGAUGGCCAAGUUCCUCACCCCGGAGGAGAUGACGUCACGGGAUUAUUACUUCGACUCGUACGCCCACUUUGGAAUCCACGAGGAAAUGCUGAAAGACGAGGUGCGGACGCUGACCUACCGUAACUCCAUGUACCACAACAAGCACAUCUUCAAGGACAAAAUCGUGCUGGACGUUGGCAGCGGCACCGGGAUCCUGUCCAUGUUUGCAGCCAAAGCCGGAGCCAAACACGUGUACGGGAUUGAAUGUUCCAGUAUCUCGGAAUACUCGGAGAGGAUCAUCAAGUCCAACCACCUCGACAGCGUUAUCACCAUCUUCAGAGGAAAGGUGGAGGAGGUGGAGCUUCCCGUGGAGAAGGUGGACAUCAUCAUCUCCGAGUGGAUGGGCUACUGCCUCUUCUACGAGUCCAUGCUCAACACCGUCAUCUUUGCUCGCGACAAGUGGCUGAAACCUGGUGGAUUGAUGUUUCCUGACCGUGCCUCUCUGUAUGUGGUGGCCAUCGAAGACAGGCAGUAUAAAGACUUCAAAAUACACUGGUGGGAGAACGUCUAUGGAUUCGACAUGACCUGUAUUCGUAACGUGGCCAUAAAGGAGCCGCUGGUGGACGUAGUCGACCCCAAACAAGUGGUGACAACUUCCUGUUUAGUGAAGGAGGUGGACAUCUACACGGUGAAGCCCGAGGACCUGAGCUUCACUUCAGCCUUCUGUCUCCAAAUCCAGAGGAACGACUACAUCCACGCUCUGGUCACGUACUUCAACAUCGAGUUCACCAAGUGUCACAAGAAGACAGGAUUUUCUACUGCUCCAGACGCCUCAUACACACACUGGAAACAGACGGUGUUUUACCUGGAGGAUUAUCUGACCGUGAGGAGAGGAGAGGAGAUCACAGGAAGCAUCUCCAUGAAGCCCAACGAGAAGAAUAUUCGUGACCUGGACUUCACCUUCGAGCUGGAUUUCAAGGGGCAGCUGUGUGAAGCGGCCAUUUCCCACGACUACAAGAUGCGCUAGACUGACCGGGAGGGGGCGGGGCAGCGUUACCAUGACGAUGACCAUCACCGGAAACACCUCCCGGAUCACCCACCGUGCGGGACACAAGGGGGCGCUGUCACACGUGCAUCACAGGGCCCCGGUUAAAACAUGACAGUGUACUCGCUCUGGAGGUUACUGAUGCUGACUGUUAAAAUUAUCUGAAUG